AUGAACGGCGAGGCCGAGGCGCAAGGAGUCGCCCCGCCCGGCGCCUCCGCCGCCGCCGCCAGGGCGGAGGUCGACACCUCGGCGCCCUUCAAGUCGGUGCGCGAGGCCGUCGACCACUUCGGCGGCAGCGCCGCCUGGAGCUCCCACCUCAUCAAGCGUAUGUUCGCGCCCCCAAACCCAAAGAAGCAGGAGGGGACCGAAGAACUGGCCGAUCUGGAGGAGCAGACCGCGCAACUAGAGAAGGAGCUCAGCGUCAAAGAAAGGGAGACGCUUGAUGUGCUCAAAGAGUUGGAGUCCACCAAGAAGGUGGUUGCUGACUUAAAGCUAAAGAUACAGAAUGAGGAUGCCGGUGCAUUCUGCAUCCCUGAAGAGUGGGUUCAGGGUCAAGCCGAGGCGCCCACUGGCACUGAAGAGCCCGCAGAAGUGCAGCCUGAGAAUGCUGAAACUGAUGCGGUUAUGGGCGCGCUACAUGUGCAGCUGCAGCAAUCCCCUAGUUCUUCAGUGCUGCCCAUUGGCACCGGAGAACCUGCAGAAGUGCAGCCUGAGAAUGCUGAAACUGGUGCGGUUAUGGGCACGCUACAUGUGCAGCUUCAGCAAUCCACUGGUUCUUCAGUGCUGAAGGGCCUUGAGCAGGCGAAAGCCAACCUAAACCGGACCACGAGUGAUCUUGCGGCUAUCAGAGCGUCUGUUGAGUCACUGCGGAACGACAUUGCCAAAGAGAGAGUCUUGGCGGAGAGAAGCCGAGAGAAGGUUUGUGCCAAUACGACGUUGAUUGCUUCUCUGGAGGAUGAGCUGGACCGGACUGCACAGAAGCCGCAGACGCUGCGGGGUCUGCAGAGGAGACGUGAUGAUCCAUCAGACAUCUUCGCUGAGAUCAAGAAGAUGACAUCUGAGCUAGAGCAGCUCAGGAGUGCGGCGAGUGCGUCGAAAUCUGAAGCUGCUAUGCUGUCUGCUGAAAUUGAGCAGAUGAGAGCUAGCAUUGGCACUGCUGAGGUGAGGUGUCGUGCAGCCAAGAAAAUAGAAGAGGCAGCAAGAGCAGCAGAAGCUCUUGCCCUCGCUGAAAUCAAGAUCCUACUAAGCAAUGAAGCUUCAGCUGAGGACCUUCAGGGCACGGAAGGCAUGAGCCUUUCAUUGGAAGAGUACUCUGAGCUUGCUGCCAAAGCUCAGGAGGCUGAUGAAUGCUCAAGAAAGAAAAUCGAAGCUGAAAUGGUGCAGGUCGAUGAAGCCAACCAGACAGAAUCUGACUCUGUCAGAAAGCUGGAAGAAGCUCAACUGCAAGUUGAAGAAUGUAAGAAGGCACUACAGGAGGCCAAGAAGAGGGUGAAUGCUACUAACCAGGGGAAGAUCGCAGUAGAAGAGGCUCUUCGCAGAUGUCGAUCCACAACUGGACACAGGAGGCGUUCAGUCCAUGACCCUCCCAAGUUCAAACAUCCAGCUCCCCGUUCCAGAGAUUCUCAGAAUAUGGAUAUCGUUGACGCUUCAAAGGGUCCCUUGAAACCAACAUUGUCGAUAGGGCAGAUAUUGAGCAUGAAGCUAAUGGGACCAGAUGGGUAUGACAAAACCGUUCAGGACGAUGCAAGUGAAGCUUCUAAUAUGUCGCUUGGACAGAUUCUGAACCGCAGGCGUGCAGUUGUGUAUAGCAGUGAUGCAACUGCUCACAAGAAAUUCUCAGGGAAGAGGAAGAAGUUUGCCUUUACAGGGCUGUCAGUUUUCUUGGCGAAACAAGCCAAGAGCAAGAAGAAAAAGGGAUCACAUUAG